UGUCGUCAAAACCUCAAAGAAGAAGAAGAAGAAGCGGGUGUAAACAUGUCAUUUCCGGGAUGCGAUAACAUCGUUUUUUUCUGCACACACUGACGUUGCGAUAUAAAUAUACUUUUAUUACAUAUUUCAUUACGUCAUUUCUCGGCUUAUAAGAGCGUUGUGACUACUCGGUGCUAACGUUCGUCCGCCACGCGCCUCUUCCGCCGCUAAAAUGAAGAAGAAGAGCUCCGAGAAGAAACGCCAUGUGGUGGCGUGGGCCAACAAAGCUGAGUGGGACCAGGUGCUGGAGUAUCUCUACUCCAAAGACUCCGCCUUACAGAGGUUUGCUCUGCAGAGGGUAUCCGCCUGGAGGGGCCGGUACGCCAACAGCACGCCCGUGGCGGUGGACUGCACGGCGGACCUGGUGAGGUGCCAGGUGCUGGACCGGUCCGGGCAGCUGGACGGAGAGGAUCUGGUCCUGCUUUAUGGAGCCGGACUGGUGAGGUUCGUCAAUUUGAUCACCGAGCGCCAGCAGGGGAGGACGGCCCGUCCUCUGAGGCGGCUGGCCGGGAACCUGAACAUCCCAGAGUGGGUGGUAGACCUGAGGCAUGACAUCACGCACAGGAAGCUGCCAACCUUAAAGUGGUGUCGAAAGGGAUGCAAGGUGGUUCUGGAGUGGCUCCAGCAAGAGUACUGGUCCAGACAGCUGGGAGGAGGGCCCAAUGAGGACUGGGAGUCUGAGUCGGAUGGAGAGGACGAAGAGGUUGACCUGAAACGCAGAGAGGAUGAGCUCAUCGCCAGGCAGAGAGAGAUGGAAGCCUACAAGAAGGCGCGGGAGCUUCUGAUAUCGUUUGAAAAAGAGCAGUACCAGGCUUUUGAUGGACUCCCUGAGGACAAAGAGAAGAACUUGUGGCCCGCCCCCUUUGCAGACAUGACCUGGUUACUCGGUGAGAUCAAGCAGUUUGCUCUGGAGUCCAGUAAUCUGCUGAUUGAUGUGUUGCUGGAAGACGGAUUUCUGGUUCCGACUGCGGAACAGCUGGAAACGUUGGGCUGCAACGCCUCUGACAGCGCCUGUGCCACUGAACCCAGACUUGUUCAAGCCUUCCUGCGGUUUUGGCUGCCCCUCCUGAAGAUGCUCAACUCGCCGUCCUUUAUUCUCCUCCUCCUGGAGAAGCUGUCUGUUGAACUGAAGCUGCUCGCCAAGGAGCCAAAUGCCCACAGGGCUUUUUACAUUGCCGCUUGGAUUUCAGAAAUCAUCAUCUGCAACAGCAACAAAUUUGAAUACCACUUUGAGACGAAGGGACAGAAGAAGGCCAGAAUGAAGGACAGGAUCUUUGUAAACCGCAUCCAGCUGAGGUGGCAGCAGCUGCUCUCGGCAUGCCUGGACGCUCCUUGUGUAAGCACGCCCCACUUGCUCCGGUUGAUCCUCGACGACAUGGAGCAUCCCCUCCCUCUGGAAACCCGACAGAGGCUGCUCCAGCUAUGCUCCAUCUACACACAGGGAACCCCACACUCGGAGCCCCACACUUCCCUGCAGCGGAAACAACAGCCCAUUUACACACUGGAGAGCUUGCACGAGAAGCUGCAGCAUUCGCGGCGCCUCGGCCAUUCGCGGCGUGCUGAGGUGGAGAGGAGCGAGGCCUCCCAGGAGUACAAAUGGGCGGAUGUUCAGGCUGAGAAGGCCAAGUUGCUCAGAGGCUCUCCGUGGCAGGUGUGCACCGAUAAGGUUUUGUGGAAGAACUACCCUCUGGGUAAAAUCCCCGGACAGUCAGAUGACCCUUCACGCCUCAUGGUGGAAAACUACUCAACGAUGACUGUGUUUGACCAGCCGGUGGAGUUGGAGAGCAACACAACGCACACUGUCCCAGGAGUCUCGGCACCGGUGAGGACAGCUGACGGCCUUCUAUGGAACCACAGUGACGUCAACAAGCUGAAAUCUGGACUGCAACUUUUUUGAGUUGUUAGAAAGCUGUGAAAUAUAUCCUAUUAGCUGCUGGCCCACUGAUGAACUUAUGUUCCAGGUUGUUUUGACACUUGGAUCAAAGAAACAAAAUGCCCAAAAUAAAUCAACUUCAGUACUAAGCAGACUUUGUCGAGGGAUGAAAUAUGUAAAGCAGUUGAUUCAUCGAUGAGUCGAUUGACAUAAAAUACAUUUAUCUGAGUCAUUCACCAGGAAAGAACACCAAACAGUCACUUAUUCUAGUUUCUAAAAUGUGAUGAACUGCUGCUUUUCUGUCUCUAUCAUCAAGGAUAGAAACAAAUUUUAUCACUAAUUAAGUUAUCAAUUCAUGAAAUGUCUGACACCAGUGAAAAAAAGUCUGUAUUAGUUUUCCAGAGCCCAAGGUGAUGUCUUCAACUGACUUUAAGUCCCCCCCCCAAAAAAAUCUGACAUUUUAUAGACAUUCAUUCAUUGAGAUGGUGUACAGUGAGGUUCUGUUUUACUUUCACCUGUUAUCCAAGUGAACUUGUGCACUGUUGAUACAGUUUUCGGCCCCUACAAAGAGUUUCGGAGUAGAUGCCUUUCAGUUGAAAACCCUGGCAGAGGGGAUACUGUUGAAAGAACAGAUUUUUUUGUGUGUAAUACAUUUUCUUUUGCGCUCUUA